GCGUCUGCCGAUCUGAAAGCUGAACUCCUUUGCUCCAUCUGUAUGGAGAUCUACACGGACCCGGUGACCCUGCCGUGUGGACACAGCUUCUGCCGAGACUGUAUUACACAGACAUGGGACCAUCAGGAGCACAUACGGACACAUAAAUGCCCUGAAUGUAUGAAAACAUAUCAGAGGAGGCCGGAACUGAAAAGAAACCCCAGGCUACAUAAUAUAGCAGAGGCUUUGAGAGAACAGGAAGAGACUGAGGUCUUCUGUACCCAUUGCCACUCUCCUGUCCCUGCUGUGAAGUCCUGCCUCACGUGUGAGAUCUCCAUGUGUUAUGAUCAUCUGAGGAAACAUGCCAAACCCGUGGAGCACAUGUUAGCAGCACCCAUUGCAUCUUUGGGGAAGGCUGUAUGCCCUGUGCACAAGAAGACCUUGGGUUACUACUGCACUCAGGACUCCACCUGUAUCUGUGCCACCUGCCACCUGGCUGGAGAACACAUCGGACACCCGGUGGAGCCACUGGAUGAGGCGUCUAGAAAAAAGAAGGAGAAACUGAGAGACAUUUUGGAGAAAGUGACCUCCGAGAUACAGGAGGCUGAGAAAAGAGCCCAGAGUCUAAAGGACCACAAACGGCAUGUAGAAGACAAAACAGCCUCCGUAAUUGUGAAAGUUGUCACCUUGAUCAGUGGAAUCAGAAGGCAGCUGGAUGAAUUAGAAAAUAAGGUGCUGAGUGAGAUCUCCAAGCAGGAAGAGCAAAUCUCAAAGUCAGUAUCCAACAUCAUCUGGCAGCUAGAAAUAGAGAAGAACAAGAUGGUCCAGAAGAUGUGUCAGAUACAGAAGCUAUGUGACAUGACUGAUCCAUUGUCUUUCCUACGGGAUGUAGACAGAGGUGACAUUUGCAAGGAGACAGAUAAGGAAAGAGAGGGAGCUUGUGACGAGGACAAUGCUGUGAAAGACCUGGAUGAUGGUGUGAUCCUACAGACCUUAUUCACAGACCUGUCUGGUAUUUUAUUGGGCUCAGACAUAUGGUUCUCCAUGCAGGAACCCUCCGACAUAUUACUGGAUAUUAACACUGCUGGAAAUAACGUUGAUAUAGCAGAUGAUAUGAAAAUGGCUUGCUAUUCACAAAACCAAGAGUACCUCCAAACUCUGGAAAGAUUUGAGUGUAGCCAGGUGAUGAGUGUCAAGAACCUGUCCUCAGGGAGACAUUACUGGGAAGUGGAGGUGAGCUCAGCAGGGUGGUGGAUGGUCGGGGUGUGUUACCCCAGUAUAGACAGGAGGGGAAUAUCCUCGUGGAUUGGAAACAACAAGAAGUCCUGGUGUUUGUACAGGUCUAAUAAUGUAUACUGCGUUGUUCACGACAGCAGGGUAACACCAUUGCCUCAGAAAAGUUCAUGCAACAGGUUGAGAAUACAUCUGGACUUUGAGGCUGGCCAACUGGCCUUUUACGAGAAGAGGAACCCAAUGAUACACUUGUACACUUUCACCACCACCUUCACAGAGCCGAUUCGUGCCGCAUUCAGCGUAUGUGAGGACACGGUUUAUCAUGGAAAUGGAUGGGUGAAAAUCAUAAGCUCUUUGAGAUAA